GCAAUACUUAGUAAACCGACAGACGUCGGUAGGUGUGUAUGAAAUAGCAGCCCUGGUCAUCGAGGAUGGACAAUCUUCUGUGACGGUGUCUCACACUUCAAAACAAUCCAAAUUGUGAAAUGUGGCUGCGAAAUGUUUCGACCGGUUUUCUCCAGAUCAGGAGACAACAUGUGGCAAGAAGAUAAGCCAGACAUUGAUGCCCACUCGUCUACGCAGUUUGUUUACAAUGCGCAUCACUCACUUGCACUUGAUAUGCAACGACAACGACUUCCUAUAUUUAGAAACAAAGACCACAUAAUUUAUCUAUUAGAAAAAUACCAGACCCUAGUUUUGGUGGGCGAAACAGGCUGUGGCAAAAGCACACAAGUGCCUCAGUAUCUUCUUGAAGCAGGAUGGUGUGCGAACGGGAAAAAAAUCGGUAUCACGGAGCCCAGAAGGGUCGCCGCCACUUCCCUGGCGAAUCGCGUGGCCGAUGAGCGCAAUUGCAUUCUGGGGACCACCGUGGGUUACUGCAUACGUUUCGACGAUUAUACCGAUGAAACGACCAAAAUUAAGUACAUGACGGAAGGCAUUCUUCUGCGGGAAUUAAUGAGCGACCCGUUAUUAACAAGCUACUCGGUCAUUAUCCUGGACGAGGUGCACGAGAGAACGCUAUUGACUGACAUCAUAAUGGGACUGCUGAAGAAAAUCAUCAGGAAACGGAAGAGCCUGCGGGUUAUCGUUUCGUCGGCGACCGUUGACGCGGAGGAGCUUCGCGAUUUCUUCAAUGUGAACGCGACCAAGGAUCCGGGCAAGGACAGCGCCGUCAUCAUGAGCGUCGAGGGACGCUUGUAUCCGGUGGAGAUAUUCUUCCUGAAAGAACCGGUGGCGAAUUACGUCAACGGUGUGGUGGACAUCGCUCUGAAAAUACACGAGACGGAGAUGCCGGGCGAUAUCCUGGCGUUUCUCACAGGACUCGACGAGGUCGAUCAGGCUGUCUCCCUUUUGUCGGAACACGCGAAGCUCAUCAAAGACGGCCAGCAGAAACUGCUGCCGUUGCCGAUGUACGGCUCGCUUCCGAACACGGAGCAGUUGAAGGUGUUCUGGAGGGCGGCCAAAGACACUCGGAAAGUCAUCGUGGCGACCAACAUCGCGGAAACGUCCAUCACCAUUCCGAAUAUAGUUUACGUAAUCGACUGCGGUUUCGUCAAAAUACCUUGGUUCGAGGCGGAAACGCAGACGAACAGCCUCGUUAUCGUUCCGGUAUCAAAAGCUUCCGCCGACCAGCGAGCUGGCCGCGCCGGCCGCGUCCGCACAGGAAAAGCGUACAGAUUGUACACAGAGGAGGCUCACGUUGGAUUCUUCGAGGCGACGCCGCCGGAAAUGCAGCGCUCCGACUUGGCGCCGGCGGUACUGCAACUGAAAGCGCUGGGCAUCGAUAACGUGUUGCGAUUCAAUUUUCCGUCCGCACCGCCCAGCAAGAAUCUAGUCAUGGCUUUGGAAUUGUUGUACGCGCUCGGUGCGAUCGACGGCAACGGUGAUCUGACGACGCCGCUGGGCCUCACGAUGGCGGAGAUGCCUCUGGAGCCGGUGCUGGCGAAAUCCUUCAUUGUCUCUGGUGAGAUGGGAUGUUCGGAGGAAAUCGCGACGAUAUUCGCUAUGCUGCAAGUUCAGAACGUCUUCGUGCAACCGAGCGGAGGGCAAGCCGCCUUGAAAGCGAGAAUAGCGCAUCGCAAGUUCGAGGUGGAGGAAGGCGAUCUUCUCACCUUGCUGAACGUCUAUACAGCAUUCGGGCGGAACAAAACAGCCGCCUGGUGUCAGAAGCAUUUUCUCAAUUACAAAGCUCUGUGCAGAGUGACGGAGAUUCGCACGCAGAUGCACAAAAUGCUGAAACGCUUGGAUAUACCGCUGGCAUCCUGCGACGGGGACGUCCAGCAAAUUCUCAAGUGUUUGACGGCCGGUCUCUUCCCUAAAGCGGCGUAUUUACAUUAUACAGGUGUGUACAGAACGGUACGAGGUAACAAGGACUUGUUCAUUCAUCCGAACAGCUGCCUGUAUACCUUGCAGCAGCCACAAUGGCUUCUAUUUUGCGAGAUCUUGCAAACUAACAAGAUCUACAUGAAGGACCUGACGGUCAUUCAGCCGGAAAUGCUGUUGGAAUCAGCACCACAUUUUUACGAGAGAACGUCCAUCGAAUCAGUUUAA